UUGGCCGCGGGCAAGAUCGAGCUUCCCGGCAUGCUUUGCAGUCGGGCCGCGAGGCCCCGCGUCUAGUGAUGGGGAGCCCCUGGUGCUUGACGCCGCCAAAUCGGCCGUAGAGGUGGACGUCGUGACCGGGAGCCGCGGAGUGGAAAGAUGGAAGCGUGGCGCUGUGUGAGGAGGGGCUACGGCCGCUGUGUGGUGGGGAGAGGCCGGUCAGUAGGGCUGGGUGGCGGGAGGGAAAAGGGAGGGGCGGGCGGCCCGGGGGCGGGAGCGGGCGGCCGGGGGGAACCGGGGCGGGGCGGGCUGGGGUGUCGGGGUGGAAGCGGAAGAGGGUCCGGGCCGCGAUGCCGCCGGGACAGACCUCUGGAGACCCUGAGGGAUAGAUACCCCAUGUUACCCCACCACCAGAAGAGUCUGGGCAGAGACUGGACUACACCGUGGGAGAAUCUGCAAAAGUGUUGCUGGAACAGACAUAUUUCUAGUUGUAUGAGGUGGCCUGGACAUUAUUCUCGCGCUCCUUACCCAUACUUCAGUAGUAGGCAUUUCUCACUAAAUUGGAGACCACCUUGUUUGUUUGAGUCUAGAGCUCCGUUUCAGUACUGGAACUGGAGGCCUGACAGCCUGAGCCAGACUUCUUUGAUUCAUCUCUCUAGUUACAUCAUGAACUCUGAGGGAGAUGAGCCUUCAUCAAAACGAAGAAAACACCAAGGCACAAUACAGCGGCAUUGGGAAUAUAUAUGUAACCAUAAUAAAGAAAACACGAAGAUCCUAGGAGACGAAAAUGUUGAUCCCAUAUGUGAAGACAGUGAGAACAAGUUUGACUUUUCAGUGAUGUCCUAUAAUAUACUUUCACAAGAUUUACUGGAAGACAAUUCACACCUUUAUAAACACUGCCGGCGGCCGGUAUUACACUGGAGUUUUAGGUUUCCCAAUAUUCUGAAAGAAAUUAAACACUUUGAUGCAGAUGUACUUUGUUUGCAAGAAGUUCAAGAAGAUCAUUAUGGAACUGAGAUCAGGCCAAGUUUGGAAUCAUUGGGUUAUCACUGUGAAUACAAGAUGCGGACAGGAAGGAAACCUGAUGGCUGUGCCAUUUGCUUCAAACAUUCCAAAUUUUCACUCUUAUCAGUGAACCCAGUGGAAUUCUACCGCCGUGAUGUUCCUCUAUUGGACAGAGACAAUGUUGGAUUAGUGUUGCUCUUGCAACCCAAGAUUCCAAGUGCUGCCUCCCCUGCCAUCUGUGUAGCUAACACACAUCUGUUGUAUAAUCCAAGGCGAGGUGACAUUAAACUGACCCAAUUGGCAAUGCUUCUGGCAGAGAUUUCCAGUGUUGCCCAUCAGAAAGACGGCAGCUUCUGCCCCAUUGUUAUGUGUGGGGACUUCAAUUCUGUUCCUGGUUCUCCACUCUAUAGUUUUAUUAAGGAAGGAAAAUUGAAUUAUGAAGGACUCGCCAUAGGAAAGGUAUCUGGCCAGGAACAGUCUUCACGGGGACAAAGAAUUUUAUCUAUUCCAAUUUGGCCCCCAAACCUAGGUAUCUCACAGAACUGUGUGUAUGAGGUACAGCAGGUACCAAAAGUAGAAAAGCCAGAUGGUGAUCUGACGCAAACAGAGCUGGACAAAGCAGAGGUCCUGGAAGCAGCUGAAAAGUUAUCUUCAAAUUUACAGCACCAUUUCAGCUUGUCAUCUGUUUAUUCACAUUAUUUUCCUGACACUGGAAUCCCAGAAGUGACCACCUGUCAUUCCCGAAGUGCCAUAACUGUGGAUUAUAUUUUCUAUUCUGCUGAAAAGGAAGGUGUUGCUGAGCAGCCAGGAGCUGAAGUUGCUUUGGUUGGUGGCUUGAAACUUCUAGCCAGACUGUCACUUCUUACAGAACAAGACUUAUGGACUGUUAAUGGACUUCCAAAUGAAAAUAACUCUUCAGAUCAUUUGCCUUUAUUGGCUAAAUUCAGACUUGAACUCUGACUCUUGAUUACAUAUAUACUUGGCUUUCCUGUUUCCCCCCCCCCCCCCCGCAAAGAAUGUAAAGUUGUUCUUAAGAGUUUGCAUGUUUAUUUAUUUUUACGCUAUGAAAUUUCUGAAGAGGUUUAUGUUUAAUGUUUGAAACAGGU